AUGCCACCAGAAGCAUCUGUGCAUGAAUUGGGGGACAAGACCUUCAAUCCUCAAGAUGAAUCAAGGAGGCAGGAAGAAAACCACGUAGAGAACUGGAGAGAGAAAUCCAUUGUGUGCCAUGCUGAUGACCUUCAUGAAACCCCAGUACAAUAUAAACACCACAAGGGGGAAAAAAGGUAUGAGUGCCCUUUUUGUGGGAAAGCUUUCAUUUCUAAGUCUCUCCUUGCUGUCCAUUGCAGAACACACACCGGAGAGAAACCGUAUAAAUGUUCAGAGUGUGGAAAGGGCUUCUGCCAGAGCAGAAACCUUACUUCCCAUCAACGGAUCCACACUGGGGAGAAGCCAUACAAGUGCUUGGAAUGUGGAAAGAGCUUCAGUUGGAAUUCAAAUCUUACUUCACACCAGAGGAUCCACACAGGGGAGAAGCCGUACAAGUGCUUGGAAUGUGGAAAGAACUUCUGUGAUAGCACACUCCUUACUAGACAUCAGAUAAUCCACACAGGGGAGAAGCCAUUUACAUGCUUGGAAUGUGGGAAGAGCUUCCGUCAGAGCAGGAACCUUACUUUACAUCAGAGAAUACACACAGGGGAGAGGCCAUACAAGUGCUUGGAUUGUGGGAAGAACUUCCAUCGGAGAACACACCUUACUUCCCACCAACGAAUCCAUACAGGGGAGAAGCCAUUUAAAUGCUUGGAAUGUGGGAUGAGCUUCAGCUGGAAUUCAAAUUUUACUUCACAUUACAGGAUUCACACAGGAGAGAAACCACAUAAGUGUGUGGAGUGUGGGAAGAGCUUCUGUACUACCACACAACUUGCAUCACAUCAUAAGACUCACACAGGAGAGAAACCUUUUAAGUGUUCAGAGUGUGGAAAGAGCUUCUCAGAUAGCACUCUCCUUACGAGACAUCAGAUAAUCCACACAGGGGAGAAACCAUUUAAAUGCUUGGAAUGUGGAAAGUGCUACAGUCAGAGGUCAAGUCUUACUUCACAUCGGAGAAUACACAGAGAUGCCGUAAGACAGAAGCCAUACAAAUGUUUGGAGUGUGGGAAGUGCUUCAGUAACAGCACACAGCUUAUUUUACAUCAGAGAAGCCACACAGGAGAGAAGCCUUACAAAUGCUUAGAGUGUGGAAAGAGCUUCAGUGACGGCACACUUCUUAACAGGCACCAAAUAAUUCACAAAGAGGAGAAACCAUAUAAAUGCUUGGACUGUGGUAAGAGCUUCCGUCAGAGCCGAAACCUCACUUUACAUCAGAGAAUCCACACAGGGGAGAAACCAUAUAAGUGUUUGGAUUGUGGGAAGAGCUUCCAUCAGAGAACACACCUUACUUCCCAUCAGCGAAUACACACGGGAGCAAAACCGUUUAAAUGUUUGGAAUGCGGAAAGAGCUUCAGUUGGAAUUCAAGUCUUACCUCUCAUCACAGAAUCCAUACAGGAGAGAAACCGUACAAGUGCUCAGAGUGCGAGAAAAGCUUCUGUACCACCUCACAACUUGCAUCGCAUCGGAAAACCCACACAGGAGAAAAACAUUACAAGUGUUUGGAGUGUGGAAAGAGCUUUUGUGACAGCACACUCCUUACGAGACAUCAGAUAACCCACACAGGGGAGAAGCCAUUUAAAUGCUCAGAAUGUGGAAAGAGUUACAGUCAGGUUUCAAGUCUCUCUUCUCACCGGAAAGUCCACAGAGAUGCUACAGUGCAGAAACCAUACAAAUGCUUGGAGUGUGGAAAGAGUUUCAGCAAUAGCACGCAACUUAUUUUACAUCAGAGAAUCCACACGGAAGAGAAGCCUUAG